CACCGCGGCACGGCCUCGCGAGUGGAGCGUCUUGCGACCCCUGCGCGACCCGGCGACCCCGGCUGCUUCGGCCACCAUGCCGCGCUCUUUCCUGGUCAGGAAGCCCUCCGACCCCCGCCGGAAGCCCAACUAUAGCGAGCUGCAAGACUCUAAUCUAGAGUUUACCUUCCAGCAGCCCUACGACCAGGCCCACCUGCUGGCAGCCAUCCCACCUCCAGAGAUCCUCAACCCCACAGCUUCACUGCCCAUGCUCAUCUGGGAUUCUCUCCUGGCGCCCCAAGCCCAGCCAAUUGGGUGGGCCUCCUUUCGGCCCCAGGAGAGCCCCAAGGUGGCAGAGCUGACCUCACUGUCAGAUGAGGACAGCGGGAAAGGCUCCCAGCCCCCCAGCCCACCCUCACCGGCUCCUUCGUCCUUCUCCUCCACUUCAGCCUCUUCCCUGGAGGCUGAGGCCUACGCUGUCUUCCCAGGCUUGGGCCAAGUGCCCAAGCAGCUGGCCCGGCUCUCUGAGGCCAAAGACCCCCAGUCUCGAAAGGCUUUCAACUGCAAAUACUGCAACAAGGAAUACCUCAGCCUGGGCGCCCUCAAGAUGCAUAUCCGAAGCCACACACUGCCCUGCGUCUGCGGGACCUGCGGGAAGGCCUUCUCCAGGCCCUGGCUGCUGCAGGGCCAUGUCCGGACCCACACCGGCGAGAAGCCCUUCUCCUGCCCCCACUGCAGCCGUGCCUUCGCUGACCGCUCCAACCUGCGGGCGCACCUGCAGACCCAUUCGGACAUCAAGAAGUACCAGUGCCAGGCUUGCUCUCGAACCUUCUCCCGCAUGUCCCUGCUCCACAAGCACCAAGAGUCAGGCUGCUCGGGGGGCCCCCGCUGACCUAGAGGCUCCUUUCUCCUCCAUGCCCGCCCCCACAAGCAGCCUCCCCAGCUCCAGAAGGAGGGACCCCUGCAUCCUUCUCAGGGCCGCGGAAUUCCCUUCUGAGUGCUCCGCUCCCAGCUGCGUUGGCCCCACAUGACUUCGAAGACCAUUUUCUGGUUCUGUUCUCUCUGCUCUGGGUGCCUCAGUGGGCUCCAAAAGUGGCCUUUCAAAGUGGCCAUUUCUGGGGACGGCUGAUGGGAGGGCAGCUUGCAACGGAGACGCUUCCUGGCAGCCACCGCUCUGGAGCAUUCUGGAGUUGGCCUUUCUGUGUGGGUUUGUGUGUCCAGAGCUGUUAGAUACAGCUGCUUCGUGCUACAGGACAAAAGCCAACAGACUGACUGAGAAGCUCCCACCCCUCUCAGGGGACCCUACUCCCCUCCCCCCACUGCCGGCCCCGGAACCCUCAGGCCACCCUCCAAGAGGUGUGACUAACUAUGCAAUAAUCCGCCCCCAGGUGUGUCCACGGGGCCUGCGGGGGCAGUCUGGACACGGCGUCGUGUCCUCGUGUCUAGACCCUGAGAUGCCCUGGGCCCGGGCAGCUAUUUCAGCCUCCUGUUUGUCAUGGUGGCACCUGUUUCACGGGCAAUUUAACAAUGUCUCAAAAGGGACUGUGAGUAAUGGCCGUCACUUGUCGGGGGCCCAAGUGGGGCACUCUGGCCUGACUGAUGUGUCUCCCAGAACUAUUUUGGGGGCCUGACAGGUGGGCCUGGGAGGAAGAUGUUUACAUUUUUAAAGGUACACUGGUAUUUAUAUUGCAAACAUUUUGUAUUAAGGAAAUGUUUUGUAUAGUUACAUGUACAGUUUAUUGAUAUUCAAUAAAGCAGUUAAUUUAUAU